AUGUUGCAGGCAAGAUUAUGGGCUGGGCUUGUGGCUCUGCUGGCUGCGGAGUGUGUUGUUGCCCAGGAGGCUUCAUCGAACGCCUCAGCUGGCGCUCCAUCGACCAUGACACCGGCUGUAGUCAUUAUGGGGUUCCCGGAGUGCGCAAGGUCUUGCGCGCUAUCGACCAUCGAGUCCGCCCGAUGUUCCAUGGACAAUUUGGGUCCAAUGCUGGAUUGCUUUUGCACGAAUACCAAUACACAGGCCCAGCUCUCUGAGUGCGUACAAAUGAGCUGUAUGCCGUACGACGCAGGAGUGGCGAUGUACGUACAGAACUCGAUGUGCACUGCAUACCCAAAAGAGUCGCUUGCAUACGUGGUUAGAACAGCUUGCAUCGUCACUUUUGUCCUCGCCAUACCAAUAGUCAUUGCUCGCUGCACUGCAAGGUGGAGGCUUACGGGAAGACUCUGGCCAGAUGAUUAUAUGUCGAUCGUGGCAACAGUUUUCCUCAUCACACUUGCCGCAAUACAACUAGAGUGCGCCCAAAUUGGCUUCGGUACACACAUAUGGAACUUUAACUGGAAUAAUUUCACCAAGCUUUCGGUGUUGAACUAUACUGGGAAGAUCGCCUACAUCUGGGUUCAGAUCACUGCGAAACUCGCUGUUCUUCUCCUUUACAAACGCGUCUUCAACAUCGCCGGCUCGAAAUGGUUCAGGUGGGCUGUUAGAGGAUGCAUAGCCUACAAGAUGGUCCAUGGAGCCAUCUACACGUUCAUCGUCCUCUUCCAAUGUUCCCCCGUAGCGGCGUCCUGGGAUAACUCAAUACCAAAUCCCAAAUGUCUCGAUCAGCAGGUUAUCAUAGUUUCUGGAGGAGUCAUGUCGAUCGUCGAGGACUUCGUACUAAUCGUCCUGCCGAUAUCUGAGUUGCGGAAGCUGCAGGUCAGUGGAAGCAAGCGAUGGGGAGUCGCUGCCUUGUUUGCUUUCGCUUCAUUUGGCACCAUUGCCAGUAUAGUACGCAUGAAGUACGUGGUCACAGUCCAUGAACAAUUCGACACUACCUUCGAUGUGGAUGUGGUUGUUUGGAGUCUGAUCGAGAACUUCAUGGCCGUCGUCUGUGGCAGCCUACCCGCUCUACGACCGUAUGUAGAUCGUUGGAUCCCGAAAGUCACAGUCACAUGGCCAGGUUCCAAGAGAAGUCGAGGGAGCUCCAAGCAAACUGGGAACUCAACGGGGAACUCCAACACACUUUACAGCUCAAAUACAUUAGACGACUACAAGAAAGGCUCCUUUGUUCUUUCAUCCUUGUCUCCCACCAGCCCGACCGGACAAUGGAAAGAGCUGCCCGUCGAGCCACGCAUGCCACCACGUACCGAAGCCGAUACGAAAGACCUCGAAGCCGGGUUCGCGCCCUCGGAAGCGCCGCUGGGAAGAGAGUCCUCUAGUGAAAGUGAGAACGACCUGAUAAUCCAAGGCCAUCGAGUGUCCGUGACUUACAACGUAAAGGUCUCUUCGAGCAGCCGCGGCGGAUUGAACGGUGGUCGGGGAGUGGAACGAUCCGUUUCAGUCAACGGUACUCGAGUGCCCACGUCAGCAGAGGACCUACACCAGCCCCUUCGGGGCACAAGAUCUGAAAUGUCAUUACCGAUUGCUGGCUCACGACCAGGCACUUCGGGCUCUCAAACACAUGACUUCCUCAGGCCCGCGUCCCAGAAUCGCCAGAUAGCUCGGGUUAGCUCAUUGGACAAGAUGGGCGACUGA